UCCCAGCGAUCCCACCCGUCCCCAGCUCCGCAUUUCCCUCACACCAUCCAAGGGACGGCCGUGUUCCAGCGCUGAGCCGCCGGGGCGGAGCCGCACCGAGCUGUACCGAGCCCGGUGCCCGGUACUGGUGCGGAGCCCGGAGCCCUGACGGUGAAUACCGGGCCAUACCGAGCCAGGGCUGCACCGUACCGAGCCCGGGGUCCCAUCAAUGCCGGCACCGGAGCCCGGUGUAGGACCGAGCCCGUAGCGGUGCCGUACCGGGCCGUGCCCAGCCCCGGUGCAGUGCCGGUCCAUAGCGAACCCCGGGCCGCGCCGUCCCGGUGCGGGGUCGCGUGUCCCCCACCCCCUUCCCCCGUGCCGGUGCGGAGCCCGUGCCGGAGCCGCCCCCGCCGGGGCCGAGCCCCGCCGCCAGCACCGCCCCCGGGCUAUAUAUCCCCGCCGCAUCCCUCCGCCGCCGCUCCCGCUCCCAUGGCUACCGCAGCGGCGGCACCGGCACCUCCGAGCCCCGCCGGCGGCGACGCGCAGCGCCCGUCCCGCGGCGGCCCCGGCGGCCCCGGCGGCGGUCCCGGUCCCGGUCCCGGUGCGGUGGAGCUGGCGGCGGCGCGGCGGAGGCUGGUGGCGGCCGAGGGGCGGCGGCGGGCGGCGGCAGAGCUGGAGGGGCGGGUGCGGCAGGUUCACUGCGCUCUGCUGCACGCCGAGCUGCGCCUGGCCGCCCGCGCAGAGACCCUGGGCCGCCUCGGGGCCGGCGUGGCCCAGGCGCAGCUGGCCCUGGCAGCCCAGAGCCAGCGGCUGCAGAAGGGGCUGCGCCGCCGCCCGCGGCCCCGGCCCGGAGCGCUCCUCGCCGCCGCCCGCGCCCUGCGCAGCUGCGUGCCCUGGACCCCCGGGAGGAGCCGCGGAGCCCCCCCGGGCACCCCCGUGCGCCGCCUGCCCCCCGCCAGCCGCGGCUCCGCCUAGGGACUGCGGCUGCCGGGGCUGCGGUACUCCAGGGGGGUCGGGGGGUUCUGGAAGUGGGGGACGCCUCGGUGGA